CAUGGCCGUGACCGCGCCGCUGCCGCUGCCGCUGCUGCUCCUGGCGCUCGCGGUGGGCGCACACCUCGCCGCAGCAGCCUCCGGCCCUGUCGGCGCGGAGGGCAGGCGGCGGUGCCCUCUGUGCGACUCCUCCGUGUACAGCUACUGCAGCGAGAAGCUGCUGCACGACGCCUGCUGCUGCAGCGCGCCACUCGGGGAGCCGCUGCCGUACCAGUGCCAGUUCGCCGACUGCAGCUUCCUUCACGCCAAGUCGUGCCGCGACCACCGCCUCAUCACCGCCUGUUGCUGCACCUCUGUUCUCUUCCACACGCGCUAGGUUGUCAGCUGUUCAAGGAUUGGUGCAACCACACCUGCCAAGACGUAAAUGGAAGAUAAUACAGGGAAUAUACAGACAGCUGUUCUAUUUAAUACAAAUAAACUCAGUCUUCUGAGACAGAUAACCAGAAAUGAAUUUCUUUUCCAAAAGAAGAUUUCAGUACUUCCAAAUCUCUAACAGCUAUAUUGCUCUUUUUCUUUAUCUCUCACUUUAUAAAAAAACGAACACUAAAAAUUUGAACAUUUCUUUCCACUUUAUGGUUAUUACACAUCAUGUUUAAUCUUCAAACCUGGUCAGCUAUGUUUAGAUGUGUGUGUACCAUAAUGUAACUGAAA